ACGCUGUUAUUAUAAUGAACUGAAUGCGACUCAAAUCACCAGCUACUAAUUAUUCCCAGUGACGCUGAAGCUGCUUCGCCAAAAUUUCCAGGAUUCUGCCGCCACGCUAACACCAGAGCAGUUUCCGGUGUACACCGCCUUCGGGAUCUGGGCUGGCAUUCUCGCCGACACAUUCUCGUGAAGGUAUGCCAUCAUCAACCGCCUCGAAGCUUGUCGCAGCUUGACUACUCGCUCUACGCCACCUCUCAAACCACCAAAGUGCGUCGAAUGGCUGCGGAGAUCACUGCCUGUGGGCCUUGGCUAACGAUUGUCCUUCAGGAACCACACAAUGGCCGACAACACCCUCAGUCGUCCCCAGCCCCUCGCCGUUUCAAGGCCUGUGAGCGAAGCGCUCCUUAACGAGAAGUGGGACCGCUGCCUCUCGAACCUCCUCGUCAAGUCCACCCUCGGUCUCGGUUUCGGCGUCGUCUUCUCCGUCCUCUUGUUCAAGCGCAGAGCGUGGCCUGCCUUUGUCGGUGUUGGUUUCGGUGCCGGACGCGCGUACGAGGAGUGCAACUUCAGCCUCAAGCAGGCCGCCCGCGAUCUGAAGAAGCAGGCUGCGUAGAAGAGCGAAGGUUUCGCGAGGGCGAGAGUAGAAUGUGUACAUAAAAAACGGCACGUGCGUUGGAUGAGGGAGGGACAGCAGCAUGCGCAGGUCAUGCGCCUUGUCAAUGGGCCACAGGAUGUAACGGUUUCUUUUGUUCCAGAUCAAUAGACUAACCUGUAUAACACCGGCGCGGCCUUUUGUUCUCUCCCGUGCCUUCUUCACUGAUCUUCAGCAGGUCGCGCUUUUUUUCGGCGGAAGGCUCGAGAAUGAGUCUUGUCCAUGGCUGCUUGGGAGUUGUCCGAUGAUUUCGAGCAUAAGCGCCAUGGACCCUGAACCGAGGGAAUAGUCACGACAGGCGAUGUUC